AUGAAAACCAUCAGGUCUGAGGCGAAUGCAGCCUUAAAUGAAGUAUGUGCAGGUAUAUAUAAUAAUAAUUCAUCUUUAGUAGCUGGUGGUGAAAAGACUGAAAAUCUCAACGAAGAAAGGGCCUAUAAUAUUAAAGGUUAUAAUGGAGCCGGUAGAAUUAAGCAAAGACGGUUAGAGUUGUUGAAGCGUGCGGUAGAGGUUGCGGAGAUGGUUGAGCCUAUGGAGUUUGAAUCUUAUAGGGAUUAUUUUAUUAUCAAGACUUUUAAGAGAGGCAGGUCAGAAAGCGGGAGAGUGAACGUUAGUAUUCUGAAGAGGCUGAAAUGCGGCGUUUAUUAUGAACGAAUUAACACAAAAUUGCCUAACGGGAAUGAAAACAGAGUUGGUAAUUCUUUUGGGAAUAUGCAUGAUUCUUCGACGGAUGACUCUGAAUAUAAGCCUCCUAUUACUAGAAGAAGCUCCAGAAGACAGUCAGAAGAGACGAGGAAACCGUUAUCGCCAGCGUUGUCUGCGACUGAUGAAACGGGAGCAGAUGAUGAACACUCUUCGCCUGGUGCACAAAUUCCUACGAAUCCUAUAAGAGCAGAAAUUUCAGUUGAGAGUAUAAUACCUAACAAUAACUCUGACACCAAUGUCAGAAGGUCCAUGAGGCUCACUUCGAAGGAGAAGGAUCGAUUAGAAAAGGAGUUUUCGCAGCAACCCAAGGACAGGAAUGCACUGGAUGCAGCUGUUGUUACCGGCCUUUACGAAGUUAUAAUCCCAAAAUUCAAGAAUCCUGUGAGACGAUCUGAUUGGGUUUUGCCUACUAGACAGAGGUAUAUACCCGAUAAACAUCAGCCCGUGAAACAUGUGCCAGAACAGGUGAAAAUAAAUGAAUUAGUAAAGAACAACAGGAUAAAAACGAUUCUUUCACGUUUCGAGGGGGGUCUUGCAGGUGUGAGAACAUUAAAAACCUCCUUAUGA